AUGGGCAUCGACCCCAUCGCGACGAUUCUGUUCCUCGCCUACACCACCGCUGCCAGCUUGGACCCGGAGCCCAUCGGCCCCUACGAUGUGAAGAGAGGCAGCAUCCGCCCUGACGGACACAAAUUCGAUGCCGCUGGUGAGCGGCCACGCCCGCGCACGGUGAUCAACUACAACCGGGACUACCUGUACAUUCGGUGCAAGAACGCCGUCCGGAACCUCCAGGAGCCCCUGCACACCUGCAUCGGCACGUCCCUGCACAUCUCCAACCACCAGAACAAGAACAGGCACCUGGACCAAAGACAUCCCGACGCGCCACACAACGCUCCCAUGCCAUGGACGACUACGACUCCAUCGAACUUGAGGCAAACAAUCACAAGAUGGACGAGACUGACGGACCAGACGGAGACUCAGACUCCCGCGCCCGCCCACAUAGUGAUCCUCGCCACCUCAGCACAGAUGUGGUCACGGAAGGACCUGAAACAGAACGGGACGCAGACACAGACAACGAUCCGGAACUACGAGUACAUUCACCGCAAGAUCCGGGCCAACGCCGAGCCCGAGCACCUGUGCAUCAACCCCGGCACGACCAUGCCCGCCUCCUACUACAUGAUCAUAAACCCCGACGAGCCUCAGAGCUACCACCACAAGACAACCCCGGUCGAAACGGGGGAGCCGGACCUCACUACGCCCCAGAACUACCUGCACAUUCGCCCGAACAUCCAGACCAACUCCGAGUUCGAGCCCCUGCACAUCGCCUCUCGCACGACCCUGCUCAGCCUCUACCGCAUCCUCGACGAUUCCAACCAAGCCAGCUCCGAGCUCAUGCCCCUGCACAUCGCCUUUGGAACGACCCUGCUCAGCCUCUACAGCAUUCUCAACGACUCCAACCCAGCGGACCCAACCCGCGAAACGGUCCCACAGCAAGCCACCACUCCCGAGACGCUGCCACAAGAACACAUGGACGCGGUUAGCUUGCUCAAGCUACCCGCACUAGCCAUCGUUUCCGUGACGGCCGCCUGGGACGAGCCCUUCCUCGCCCACGACGCGCCCCAAUGGUUCUGGACAACCUUCGACAAAGGCGCGGAGGGGGGAGCAUGCUGGAAAGCUAUGGCACGGAUGCUGGAGACCGCCUUCCAACAACAGGGAGACGAGGAAGAACAAAGCGACUCCUUCUGGACAGACACAGAGUUGAUUCGGAACCACUAUGCCACCAGAUGGUGGAGACAUGCCCAGCGGCGAGAUCAACGCGGGGAUCCCCUACCAGGCACUCCUCCCACGGAAGACGAGCUUCAAACACUGAUCAACAAGAUCGCCGACCUGGUCUUCAGAGCAUGGUGGAGAGAGCGCACUACCCUCCUCACGGGAGGCGGCCGCCUAAGACCGUGCGGAUGCAUUGACAUGACGGACGCGGAGACCUCCUCGGAUGAGGCGAGCUGCAGUUCCACACCAACGCCCCGGAUGAACAACGACCCUGACGUGACCAUCGACAUCGAAGACCAGAGCGAGACCGACGAUGACAACGAUAUUCACUCACUCAUGGAACACAGACACAAAGAGGAAGAGGUCCCUGCGCCGACUACCCCUACAGCCCCGGCUACAUCCUCCACAGACCUCCCGGACACCGCAACCAAUGCCGAGAUGACCCCAGAGGACGCAGUGGCAGUAUGGCAAUCUAUCUUCGAAUGGGAGGCACAGGAAUCCCUGGACCCCACAUUGGUCCCAUUGCUGCCGACUCACAUCUCAGACAGCAUCGUCGAGACCCUCGCAGACAAGACGGAAGCAGAGCACAACCUCAUGACCGAUGUGCUGCCACAGUUCCUCGCGAGGAUCCAAACAGACCUGGCUGAAGCACUACUCCGUGCCCGCGACCUGAGGAACAGGCUCAACCCGGACGACCCGAAGAAGUCCCCUGCUGGCAAGAAAAGGCCCGCAGAAGCAUAUGAGACAGAGGAAGAUGAAGAGAACGACGAGUCCAUGUACAUGCAGACCACGCAUAUCUCCAGCUCCACUUCCUCGACGCCACCGCAGCAGCCCAACGACGUCCUCUGUGCCCUACACGAAGCACUUGGCCGCCUCCAGCCCGCCAGGGCGACAAGCCGGGCACUCCGGCUCAUGCAACGACUUCAGGAACAUGAUGGACGUCUUUUGGUCGACCGAGAGGCGCUUGAAAGUUUGCUGAUUGCAGCUUCCGGCGACGUUCCCCCGGAACCGGAAGGCGACGCCCUGAUCUUGGAAAUGGGCUGGGUCGGCACAUGGUGGAGGAGGAUUACCGGCACAGAACCACUAGGGCCCCAGCCGAUCGACCUCGAUCUCGAGUUCAUGGAGAAGCACGCCGGCGACGACACAAUCCGCAAUGCAGAGGAGGCCGACCAGGCUGCCCGGGAAGAAGCCUACCAACGAUGGGCGGACGAAGCAGGAGCGAAACACAUGGAAGAAACGGAGGCAGCAAAGGCCAAAACCGAGGACGAAGACACGCUCAAGGAGGCCAUGGGACUCUCGUGGGAACCACCCACAAAACGGCUGUGCAUAGGAAUAUGCAUAGACGAUGGCCGACGAGCGAAAGCUUGGGAGUGGGAGUUGGAUAAAGGCGCAACCAUCCAAGUACACAUCAAGGCGGAGAAGAAGGAGUUCAGUGGAAGAUGGUUAAGAGGAGGGCGACCUAUCCGUGAUGAUGAAGUCCCGAAGUCCUUCCAGAAGAACCCGGACAAGAAAGCACCCGCCACUGCCAAGCCACUUGCGACCGUCGACCUCACCAAACCAGCGACACGGGAACUAUACUCCCGAUGGAGCCAACCGAAGGUGUCGGACCAAGCUGUGGUCCAGAUCGGGGGAAUAGCCAUGCUGAUGGCAUUCAAGGAAGAACUAUUUCCACAUGAAUGCCAACAAGACCUGGACAUGAGGGAUACCUACAACGUCAGCAAGUAUGAUGACAACCACGACGACACAAAGGACCAAAGCACCCCAGGCUUACCUUCAGGCCACAACGAACCGGCUUCCCUACCAGCUCCUCACCGCGGACCAGCUCGAGGCAACGGACUACCUGAAGAAGCAGCAGAAACGGUGCUCAGCGAAGAAACCACGGUCGCCGUACACCAAGAAGAUGCCCACCUCCCGCCCGACCCCACGGACACCACGCAUGGCGACCAACGUGAGCCCGAGGACGACGUAGAAGCGACCAGCAACCCCGACCCCUACUACAAUGGCCGAGUCUUCUUCGAACGCUAUGGACGGGAUGGUGACGAACAGUCUGAGAGAGGCAGUGGUAGCAGUUGA